UUGUGUUUCCAAUAGGGUGUGGACAGAAAAGAAAAGGACAGACAGACAGAAAGGGUCAGGGUCCUGAAGCAGCCGGACAUCCUGAAAGUCUGAUUCCCAUCUUGAGAGCCUCUUCCGAAAGGCCAUAUGUGGCCUGGCACAGAGGGCACAGGACAGGAAGCUGCUGAGCACUGCUCCCUUUGCCUCUGAGGAGAGAUCAUCUUGCAGACAGUGCUUGCUGACAUCACCAUGCCAAGCUGGAUCCCUCUCCCUGCGUUCUGCUGCCUCCUUCUCCCCUGGGCCUUCACCGUCUUUCACAAAACCCUGGGGAACCCCGCCCCCCAUCCGGGUCCCCACUACCUCCUGCCCCCCAUCCACGAGGUCAUUCACUCUCGUCGUGGGGCCACGGCCACACUGCCCUGCGUCCUGGGCACCUCGCCUCCCAGCUACAAAGUACGCUGGAGCAAAGUGGAGCCCGGGGAGCUCCGGGAAACGCUAAUCCUCAUCACCAACGGACUGCACGCCCGGGACUACGGGCUCCUGGGAGGGCGCGCCAGCUUGCGGAGAGGGCAUCGGCUGGACGCCUCCCUGAUCAUCAAGAACGUGCGUCUGGAAGAUGAGGGUCGGUACCGCUGCGAGCUCAUCAAUGGCAUCGAGGACGAGAGCGUGGCACUGACCCUGCGCCUGGAGGGUGUGGUGUUUCCGUACCAACCCAGCCGGGGCCGCUACCAGUUCAAUUACUUCGAGGCGAAGCGGGCGUGUGAGGAGCAGGACGGACGCCUGGCCACUUACAGCCAACUCUACCAGGCGUGGACCGAGGGGCUGGACUGGUGCAACGCCGGUUGGUUGCUCGAGGGCUCCGUGCGCUACCCUGUGCUCAACGCGCGGGCUCCAUGCGGCGGCCACGGGCGGCCAGGCAUCCGCAGCUACGGGCCCCGCGACCGCAGCCGCGACCGCUACGACGCCUUCUGCUUCACCUCGGCCCUGGCAGGCCAGGUCUUCUUCGUGCCUGGACGGCUGACGUUGUCCGAAGCCCACGCGGCUUGCCGGCGGCGCGGAGCUGUAGUAGCCAAGGUCGGGCACCUCUACGCCGCCUGGAAGUUCUCGGGGCUGGAUCGGUGCGACGGAGGCUGGCUGGCGGACGGCAGCGUUCGCUUCCCCAUCACCACGCCGCGGCCGCGCUGCGGGGGUCUCCCUGACCCCGGGGUGCGCAGCUUCGGCUUUCCCCGGCCCCAGCAGGCGGCCUACGGGACCUACUGCUAUGCCGAAAAGUAGCAGUGCAUUGCCCUGCCACGCGCGACAGAGUGGCGGGUCCCCUCUGGACAGACGAGGGCUGAGCCCCCCUCACCUGCCUUCCCAGGCAGCGAGAUGCUCUGGGCUCCUGGGUAAAGGGGCUUCCUGGGCAUUAACUGACCAAUAAAAUAACAUGGCACCUUCUUUGUUCGAUAAGCUCUAGGGCUUGGAGGCUUUGAAGUACCUGUGCUAGAGGGUCUGGCCCUGGACUCAAAGUACCUACUGCCUACAAUCUAAAAAAGAGGCUUUAUUCUGUCUAUGGCUCGUCCAUACACUGGGUUUGUGAUUAGAGAGCACCCACAGCACGAAGGACUGAGGAGAGGAAGUCUCAGCAGGCCUGGUCAUCUACACGGGAGAACCCAGGCUGCUGUUAUGUCUAGCCAGCCACCCAAAUUUUCCAGUAGCACUCCAAACAUCCAGAACUCUUUGGCCCCUACAAAACAAAUAUUCAAUGGGUCUAAACUCAUUUCUAAAUGUACUUAGCACUUCCAAGGUCUGCUUUAUUUAGUUUGUUAAUUUCCUUAUUUUGAGGCAAGUUCUCUCAAUUUUUCCUUGACCGUCCUGGAACUCCCUGGGCCUUGAAUUCACACAGAUCAGCCUCCCUCUACCUCCUAAAUGCUGGGAUCACAUCAAAGUCUACAAUUAACGAUAGUAAAUUCUGUGUGAACUGAGAACUCAGCAGCUAAGCUAACUUGAUGCUCUCUCAGAGGACCAGGACCACAACCAUCUGUAACGCCAAUUCCAGGGAAUCCAACAUCCUUCUCUGACAGGCACCAGGCAGACACACUGGGAGCUUGCAUGCUUUAAUAAAUCCACUCAAGAAAGAUACAGACAGCCAUUGAUAAAGACAAUUAAAAGUAAAGGAGUCCUUUACUUUUGACUGUGAUCAAGAGUGGCUCUGAGCCCAAGCUCAGGCAUACAGCACUUUUAAAGAUAGAAACCAUGGUCGCAUCACUGUUAGAGGAGGGUCCCAGUAAACUUGCAACAUUUGUUUUUGGCAGAAUAUAGUAGUUAUUUCAUGCACAACAUAGCAAUUAUUUUUGACUUAUACCUUCUUCACUUAUUGUAAACAAUAAUUAUUUUGGUUAAUGCAUCUGGAUCAUGCUCCCAUGGGGGAGUCACGGAUGUCCCCAAUGUGUAGACUGUGGGGAGGGGCAGGGGCUGAGAAGUGUCUAAGCAGACCAAAAUGGAGUCUAGACAAGACAGUCUUACCUAGGACACUUCACUCAUCCAUUUAUUUAAGUUACUUUUAAAUCGUUGGUUUUUAUGAAGAGUAACUAUCAGUUAAUUAGGCAGAGCCUGCUCACUGGAUCCAGGAGGGCAAGGACAAACAGACCCCUGGAGCGUGUGAAUUAGGUUGUUGACCAUGGAUUCCAAUGAAACCAAUUAUGGAACGGGGGACGUUUGGUCUCUUUUAUUUAUUAUUUCUUUUUUCUUCUUUUUCUUUUUUCCGGAGCUAAGGACCAAACCCAGGGCCUUGUGCUUGCUAGGCAAGCGCUCUACCACUGAGCUAAAUCCCCAACCCUUAUUUAUUAUUUCUAAGAGCCAACUGUUAUUAGGUGUAUAGUCAGGCCUGAAUUAUUUUUUUUUUCUUUUCUUUUUUCUUUUUUUCGGAGCUGGGGACCGAACCCAGGGCCUUGCGGUUGCUAGGCAAGCGCUCUACCACUGAGCUAAAUCCCCAACCCCCAGGCCUGAAUUAUUAAAGAAACCAGGUUAAAAAAUAUUAAACCUAUUGUUUUUAGUUCCAGCAGAGCUAAUAAAAUCUUGUCCAAGGCCAGUGCUGGGGAACUGUCAGAGUUACCUUGAUAGGAAGCAUUAUGUCUCACAUGACUAUGAAUCCGUAGGGAGAAAGGAACAUCAUGAUCCUUGAAGAGAUAAAACUCCAGGAAGUUUCAGGUGCCCUAAGACUUGCUGAGAUCUCUGUCCCUUUGUUGGCACUCCAGCCCCUCCCCCCCACAGCCUUCAUCUAACUCCAUCCCCCACUGUCACCUGCAUCUUGAUAGCUGAAAUGGCCUUGGACAAGUACCUCCAGGAAAUAGAGAGGGAAGAAUGGUAGCCCUGCAGCUACAUUUAACUUCUCCAUUUCCAUGCUCCCUAUAUAAACUCCCAAGUGUUUCCUUUCUUCUUCUUUUUAAAUUUUAUUUUAUGAGUACACUGUAGCUGUCUUCAGACAUACCAGAAGAGGGCAUCAGAUCUCAUUACAUUGUGAGCCACCAUGUGGUUGCUGGGAAUUGAACUCAGGACCUCUGAAAGAGCAGUCAAUGCUCUUAACCACUGAGCCAUUUCUCCAGCCUGAGCCAUCUCUCCAGCCUGUUUCCUUCUCUUUUCAAAGGCACCCCUUUUCCCUCAGGAGAAUGUUUGUCCAUUGCUGUUUGAAAUAAAAGGUCUUCUCUGGCAA